CUAGCUUCUCACACUACAAUUCCUGAGUCUUUCACUUUGCAACCACGUGUCUUUGGCUGUAGUGUCUUUGUUCACAUUCCAAAAAUACACCGUUCAAAGUUUGAUCCGUGUUCCCUUAAGUGUGUGUUUGUUGGGUAUGGGACUCACCAGAAGGGAUACCGGUGUUAUCACCCAUCUUCUCGCCGUCUUUACACGACACUGGACUGCAAAUUUGUUGAAACCGAGUUUUUCUAUUCCACCCAACUCAGUGAUCAGGGGGAGAUUCAAACCAUAGGAGAUCCGCUGAGUUGUUUCUCGGUUCCGUCAUACGAGCAACCUCGUCCAAGAGACGAAGAUA